ACUCGGUCAUCGAUGAGCUAAAAUGAGAUGACAAUCUCGUGAUUUUCAUGUUGUUCAGUUAAUUCUGCAAAAUGGUGAAGCUCGAUGGACUAUCCGUUCGGGAUAUACGGUUUCCAACUUCCUUGGAGCUCCAUGGGUCGGAUGCUAUGCACAAGUCACCUGAUUACUCUGCAGUGUAUAUUGUCUUCAAAACAGAUGGAGAAACUGGUGUGGAAGGGCACGGCUUGACAUUUACUCUAGGGCGAGGAAAUGAACUAGUAAUGGAAGCUGUAAAAAUAUAUGGAAAAAUGCUCACUGGCAGAACAACUGAAGACAUUUUUGGUAACUUUGCUGCGGUUUGGAGGGAAUUAGCUCAUGAGAGCCAGUUAAGAUGGCUUGGUCCAGAAAAAGGAGCCAUUCACCUGGCGCUAGCAGCUGUUGUCAAUGCAUUGUGGGACCUUUGGGCAAAGUUGGAAGGCAAGCCACUUUGGAAACUUCUUGCAGACAUGUCUCCAGAACAGCUGGUAUCAACAAUAGACUUCAGCUAUCUGUCAGAUGUUCUAACCAAAGAAGAGGCCAUAGGUAUUCUUCGACGAAAUGCAAGCAGCAAAGAAGAAAGAGAAAAAGAGAUCAUUGCUAAGGGAUAUCCUUCUUACACAACAUCAGCUGGGUGGCUUGGCUACACUGACAUUCAACUACGUAAACUGUGCCAAAAAUAUCUUACAACUGGCUGGACGAGAUUCAAGAUGAAAGUUGGUUCUGAUCUGAGUGAUGAUAUCAGGCGAGCGGCUAUUUUCAGAGAUGAGAUUGGAUGGGAUAACUUCCUGGCAAUGGAUGCAAACCAGUGCUGGGAUGUCGAUGAAGCUAUCAGUUACAUGAAGCAAUUGGCAAAAUUUAAACCUGUCUGGAUUGAGGAACCUACAUCCCCUGAUGAUGUGUUAGGGCAUGCUGCAAUUUCCAAAGCAUUGGAACCUUACGGAAUAGGUGUGGCAACAGGGGAACAUUGCCAGAAUCGAGUCAUCUUCAAGCAGUUUUUCCAGGCUAAUGGUUUCCAGUUUUGUCAAAUUGACAGCUGUCGUAUGGGUGGACUUAAUGAAGUGCUGGCUGUCUUGCUGAUGGCUGCUAAGUUUGGAGUUCCUGUUUGUCCUCAUGGUGGUGGUGUUGGCCUGUGUGAAUACAUUCAACAUAUUUCAAUUUUUGAUUUCAUCUGCGUCUCAGCAACAUUAGAAAACAGGGUCACUGAGUUUGCAGAUCAUCUUCACGAGCAUUUCAUUCAUCCUUCUGUGGUGGAGAAUGGAGCUUAUAAAGUUCCAAUGGCCCCAGGUUAUAGUGCUGAAAUGAAGAAGGAAUCUUUAGAUGCAUUUGAGUUUCCCAAUGGUUCUGAAUGGCAGAAGCUCAUUAAUGAUGGGCGUUUCAAGAUUUGAAUACAAUAAUUUUGAUAGGAAAGUAAAUUGUAGAAAUAUUUUUUAUUAGACAGUAUAGAAAUUAAAGUAGAUGUCAAUAUGCAGACUGAUCAGUGGAUUCUCAACCACUAAUUCAGUAGUGAAGGUCACAUUUUACAUUCACGUUUGCUGUGCUACGCUAUGGAAGUCAACUGCAAUUAAUUUUGAAGUUAUGACUUACUGUAGGUAUUCUAUGUUUAAUUCUAUAUUAUAGCAUAGUGCUUGCACUGGUUCUACCUAAUUCCAAUUGAGCCAUCAUAGUAUGUAACAUGACGAGUGUAGUUUCAUUUUAGCUUCAGAAUUUCUGUCGAGUUUAACUGCAAGUUCCUUUUGUUAAAUUUUCUGCGAUGCGAUAAUCAUUUGGAAAUAAUCCAAACAAACCCUACUUCCUUUGACUUUCACCAAGCUAAGAUGUUUACUGAAACUUGAGUAUUUUGACUUUGUUUGUCUACAUUGUCAUCAAGUAUUUUUGACUUGCUGACUUAUUAAUUACAUGUAAUUCAAAGAAGCCAAUUUUUCAUUAACAAUUUAAGAAACUGGAUGAAGCAUUUAGUUCAACCAUCGCUUAACCCUUUGAGUCCCAAUUAUGCAUAUAUGCGUAAUUAAUGGUCAUGCUCUUUGUACCACUUUUGACAUCAUCAAUUUAAAUGUCAUUAGCUAUUCUUGAUAAGCAGAUAGUAGUACUAGGCUAGGCUAAGUCCAAAUCUUGGCUUAUGUGCAUGCCCAGAAUUGAAAUGUUGCUCAAUUUUGUACCUACUCCUUGAAAAAUCUCUCCUUUUAGUAAGGAGCUAAAAAACCUGACUAAAUGGUCAAAAACAGUAUUUUUUGGCGAAAGUUUGGUAUUCAAAGGGUUAACUGAUUGUGGCGUGUUUUUAACCAGUCAACUGGAUCCUCUGUUUUCCUUUACUGUGCAUUGUGAGAACUUUGUAGUCAGUCGCAAAUAAAACAUGUUUUGCAGUUAUGAAAGAAUUGGUUCAUGCUUUUAGCUGUGCGUAUAUCAUGUUAUGGAUGCACUUGGGAAGUUUGCAGAGCACUCAAGGAGUUAAAGGUGCUCUCAGCUGCGCCCCAAGCAACUCUUACAUUUCUUUGGUGCUCUCCAUGACUUGAUAUAUGCACGCUAACCACGAACAAAUUCUUUACUUGUAUUAAUUAUUUGCAAUUAAAUAAUUAAUUAUUUUGAGUACUAUUACCAAUUAAUUAUUAAUAGUCAAUACACAUAAAGAGCUAGUAGCUAGAAGUCUACUGGCAUUUAGAUAGACUUGCCACAAGCAACCUUAUUAGUUAAUUUCGGAGGGCUUUUGCAUCUAAGAUGACUGGUUUUUUUUUUAAAUAAAGUUCACAAUAAUCAACAUUACGAUAUGAUACAAUACAAUACAUUACUUACAGUACUGCUCACUUACUUACUUAAGACAUCUAAGAUGACUUUGGUGACAUGUUUUCAGGGCAUUGUUUUAGAGUUAGAUUAAUAUAUCUGUUUGACCAUAGUCAACAUAUCACCUUGGAAUCUUUUGAACUGGAUAGCAAUCUAUUAGGAAUCACUUCCAUGAGAAAGUGCAUGGCAUUGGAGAAAUUGAAAAUUUAUGAAAAUUUAUGAGAUAAAUUUAUGAGAUAAAUUUAUGAGAUAAAUGCAGUUAAUUGGUGGUUUAAAAUCCAUGGCAUGUACUUUUGGGUAGGAAAUGUGUUAGUUUUGUAGAGUCUUUGCAUCAAAUGUGACAAAGGGGAGCAUGUUUUCGGGGUUGUUUAUAGAGUUAAAUAUAUAUUAGCUGUGUGACUAUGUUCACCAUAACCUUGGAACUGGAUAGCACUUCCAGGGGAAAGUCCAUAUUGUAAAAAUCGAGAAUCUGUUUUUUAGAUUAGCAUUUUUAAGGAUUUUAAGGAUUUAAGAAAAAAAAAAAGUAUGCCCAAGCUGAAA